CUCUCGGAAUACGCAACGCGUGUUUUCGCAUGCUUGUGCAGUGCUGAAAGUGUGACGUUGAACCGAUUAAUGAAGUCAAGCGGACGUCCAAUUUCUGUCGUCAUGCUGGAAAAGAGCACGGUGACAGUUGUCGCAGACAUAUUCUUCAGCAGAAGACAUACGUCCGAAGAAACCAUCCAUUGCUGCUGCUCCAGAGCCUUCGUGCAGUCAUGACCGAGAGCUAUAUCGCUCAGAUAAUAGACUUCUUUCGUUGGACCAGGCAGACGCCGCCACCCAAGGAGCGGGAAAUGAAGAAGAGGAAGAGGACUUUCUGGAUGAAGAGGCUCAGCUGAUGGCGAGCAUGGGUCUGCCUCUUGCGUUUGCCAGCUCUUCCGGCCGCCGUAAAAAGGAGAAGACAGUUACACAGCAGACGGAAUCGCUUGAGGAACAUUUACAGUUGACCAACAAAGUUUGCACAGACCUCAGCGAUCCUCUGGGGGAAGGACUGAAGACAGAGACACGGGCUGACGAGUUAGAGACCCCACCUGCCCACGAUGCUGGCUGGGAGACAUACUGGGCUCAACAAGCUGAAGCGCUUCUGUGGAACAGCUGGGUGGAGAAGCAUCGUGAUGAGUUGCUGUCUGCGGAAGAUUCCAAAGGUGUGACUGCGCCAUGGGACGACCCCAACACAAAGGCUGCCUGGGAUCAACACACUGCAGACACGUACUAUUACUAUUGGGAGCAUUACUCAUACUGGGCAGCACAGGGCUGGACCACUGACUCGUCUUGUGAGAAGAACACUCAGGAAGAAGAAACAGCAGCUGAAGGGAUGGAUGGAGGCAGAGGGAAGCACUCAGAGGAAUGGUUGGAUGAAAAGACUGGUGCUGUUGAAGUUUUAAAUGACCUCCUUCAACAGAAGUGCACUUUAGAGGCAGGUGCGAUCUCGCCUGACUCUGACACAACCACGCAGUGUUCCGACGUGGUCAAUAUUGCAGAGCAACAAGCGGGAGACCUGUGUAAUUCUGAGCCCUCUGAUGGGGGAAGUCAUGGCAAGAAACCAGAUGUUUCCUCACGGCAGGACAGAACGCAACACGCAGAUUCCCAACAGGCUGGUGGCAGCCUUGGCAUACGUUUGGGUUCUACAAAUUGGGUAUCAAAUGGGGAAGAUGAUGGUGAUGAUGAAAAUCCCUCGAGAGGAGGACCCAGUAAAGUAAAGCGCAGUCAUGAAUUUGAUGCGGAGGAGAACCCGCAUCUAACGUGUGAUGAAGCCUGGAGCAAACUUGGACUCAAGCGCAAUCCAGAGUCUCUAUUCGACAGUGUUUUUAACUUUAAAGACGUUUCGGCUCAGAAGCGGUGGUGCUCUAAGGGUGCCAGCAGCCUGAACAAACACAUCAGAUUCAUUGAGACGGAUGAAGACGGAACACAGCCGCAGCGCAGCACCACCCUCCAAAAAGUCCAAAACUUCCUUGAGAAGAUUAAGAGUGAGGCGCAUAUGCCUCUAAAUGAGAGAGAAGAGCAUGAACGAGGACGCACGCACUCUGAGGAGAAGCUUCCCACUUUAGGUUCAACAGAGAAAAUCGAUUCAUGUAGUGAGAAGUUUGCAUAUGGAAGCAGUAGCUCCAUGGAUGAGGAGAGUCCUGCUAUGCUGGACACCGAGAAGAAAAUCUCUCAGACCAGUCCGAGGGAGGAGCCCAAUAGGCUUCUUGAAUGUAUGGAAAUCCCACACUUUCUCUUGCCUGACAGGCUUGCAGGCCAUGGUGAGGCAAAGAAGCCAAAGAAGAAGAGUAAGCACUGGAGGAAGCGGCAGGUUCCGGCAAACAUGGCAGCAGAACCAGGCCUGGCCAAAUACUGGGCUCAGCGCUACAGACUCUUCUCUCGCUUUGAUGAAGGAAUCAAACUGGACAGAGAGGGCUGGUUUUCUGUGACACCAGAAAAGAUUGCUGAGCACAUCGCCCUCAGAGUUGAGUCCAGCUUUCCCAACACUCAGCUGAUUAUCGAUGCCUUUUGUGGAGUUGGAGGAAACGCAAUCCAGUUUGCACUCACUGGGAAAAGAGUCCUAGCUGUGGAUAUCGACCCGGUACGUUUGGACUUGGCGCGCCACAAUGCUGCUGUUUAUGGCGUUGCACAUCAAAUGGAGUUCCUGCUCGGGGACUUCCUUCAGCUGGCGCCUCGUCUCUGUGGUGACGUUGUCUUCUUGUCACCCCCUUGGGGAGGACCAGAUUACGUGACUGCUGAGGUGUUUGACAUUAAAACCAUGAUGGACCCAGAUGGAGUUCAGAUUUUCCAUCUGGCCAAACAAAUAUCAGAUAACAUUGUGUACUUCCUGCCUCGCAACACGGACAUGGAUCAGAUUGCCUCCUUGGCAGGCCCAGGAGGAAAAGUGGAGGUGGAGCAGAAUUUUCUCAACAACAAACUGAAGACCGUAACUGCUUACUUUGGCAGUUUGAUCAAGGCAGACACCGAAUAGCUGCAGUAAAUGCACAACCCACUAAAUGAUUAGGAUUUGUGGUUCUCCAUUGGAACCCGAUUCAUCAAGUGAUACAUAAAACGGCCACAGUAACUUUGUUUUUUGUUGUUGUAAAUUUUUAAUCUGAAGUCAGUUUAGUGCAAGUAAACAUACAGUAGUUAACUGCAUUUAAUUGUUUGUUUUAUAAAACCUUCCAUUUUGCAAUACA